GAUGAGUGACUCGAACGCGAGUUCUCUCGUGGUGGAGGCAAUGCCCUCAACCGCUCGUUCCAAGCACGAGCCGCAAUAUCUAUAGCCUUGGGUUAAGAGGGAUUACAAUCCGAAGUCCGAACGAACCACUCGACGUAGGCUCGCAGAUAUAUUUUCCUUCUUAGUAUCGUCUCCCUCUCUUUCCAUCGAUGUUGGUUGCCAUCUCCUAUCCUCGCCCAUCCCCUUUCUUCUGCAACGUCUUGCAGAGCCGAAACACUAACCCUGAACUCUCAACCCGGCUACAAAUUUCAUUGAAAUGCCGCUGUCGCAUCGUCGGAUCCUUGCCCGACCCCACGGAGGGAGCAAAGGUUGAGUACACGCCAUGGCUUAUCGCUGGGCUUGGAAACCCGGGUAACAAGUAUCACGGAACCAGACACAACGUGGGGUUCGAGAUGGUGGAUUGCAUAGCUCGGGCGGAGCGGAUCAGAUUGAAUACGAUUCAGUCCAAGGCAUUAUUUGGAAUUGGUUCUUUUGGCAAGGUGCCAAUUUUGUUGGUGAAGCCGCAGGCUUACAUGAAUUUUAUAGGAGAAUCGAUAGGGCCACUUGCUGCAUAUUACCAAGUCCCCUUGCGCCAUAUUCUAUUGAUAUAUGAUGAAAUGAGCUUGCCUAAUGGUGUCUUGAGGCUUGCGCCAAAGGGCGGUCAUGGACAUCACAGUGGAGUUAAGAGUGUCAUCGAUCACUUGGAUGGUUGUCGGGACUUCCCACGUUUAUGCAUAGGUGUUGGGAACCCGCCUGGGAAAAUGGAUUUGCGGGCCUUUCUGCUACAGAAGUUUAGUUUGGUGGAGCGGGAACAGGUGGAUAUUGCCCUUGAGCAAGGGGUGGAGGCUGUUAGGACCCUUGUCCUGAAGGGCUUCGAUGCGAGCAUUAGCAGAUUCAACUUGGCUCAAAAGUAUAAAUUUCACAAAGUUUGAAAGUUUGAAUCUUUUACAUUUUCAUGUAUAUUUGAUAAAUUUAAGAGGUAUUUGAUCCUGUGGGGAAUAUUUAAAUGGAAGAUGUAUAAGGAGGAUGAACUUACCAAAGGUGGAGCCCAAAAUCUAUCUAGAAGCCAAAACUUGAAGAUCCUCAUAAGCAGAGUCUGUAAAAUUUAUUUGAGUUGUAUAAUGGUAGAAAACUUAGUUGCAAACAAUAAUUGUAUUAACUUGGACAUUUACAUUCUUAUAUAUAUAUAUAUAUAUAUAUAUAUAUA